CAUUUCAGUGCAAAGACGAAGUAAACCGGACAUCAUGGACAGGAGAUGUAGAGAAGAUGAAGAUAAGUAAAAAGUUUGGAUAACAAAGCUGCUUUAUUUAAGUUUAUCGAGAGAAGAAAGCAUUUUGCGCUCAGGUCUGAAGGGAAAUGGAUUUAUAAGCAUGCAGAUGCAGAAAAAAAAUCUUAUUUUUCUGCUUUCUGAGCUAUUAUCUUAAAAAUAGGUGAUCAGAAAUGCUGUAGCACCGUGAUGGAAGAUCCGGCGUCUUCAUUGUCUUCCUCUAUCCACUUUGUGUCUUCACCACCACAACUGCCUCAGAGGACCUAUCGGAGGAUCAGCCGCUCAGAAGAGAGAGCUCCUUUUCCAAUCCCCGGCCUUGCUUCUGACAUCCUGCACAUGCGAGUCAAAGAAGGUAGCAAAAUUCGCAAUUUACUGCGGUUCGCAACAUCUCGCAUGCAAGGGGAAGGAGAGGACAGCAGUGCAACUGCAGUGAGACAAGUGGUCUUUACAGGGUUGGGUAGGGGCAUCACCAAGACCAUCACCUGCGUGGAAAUCCUGAAACGUAAAGUGCCAGGGCUGCAUCAGGUGUCCAAACUUUGCUACAUGAAAGUUAAUGAGGUUUGGGAGGGUCCCCAGCAGGAAGUGGCAGGUACAACUGUGGAGAGGACGGUGCCUGCCAUCUGCAUCCUGCUCUCCAAAGACCCUGUGGAUCCCCAGGAGCUCGGCUAUCAGCCUCCACAAACCUUCAGCUUUCCCUCAGAGGAAGUGGAGAGACGCGGGGAUCUGCUGAGAACAGCUGGCAGGCCGUCCUCAUUGCACGCUGCCAAGAGGCUCUGUCUGGAUGAUUGGACUGGAUGUUCCACCAAAAGCUAG